UCAGUGAGGCUUCGGCAGUCCGUACCAGGCUGAAGUCCCUGGGGCUUUCAAGGUCACCCCGGACGGGCGUCCCCUCAUUGACUCCCUGAGUUUCUUGUCCCUUCUCUGUCUCCGGUCUGCUACCUCAGCAUGGCAGACGAGAGCGGCGAUGCGGGGGAACCGCGCCCAGCCCCGGUUCGACGCCGGUCCUCUGCCAACUACCGCGCCUAUGCCACUGAGCCCCACGCCAAGAAAAAGUCUAAGAUCUCCGCCUCGAGAAAACUGCAAUUGAAGACCCUGAUGCUGCAGAUAGCCAAGCAGGAGCUGGAGCGGGAGGCAGAGGAGCGGCGCGGAGAGAAGGGGCGCGCUCUGAGCACGCGGUGCCAGCCCCUGGAGUUGGCCGGGUUGGGCUUUGAGGAGCUACAGGACUUGUGCCGACAGCUCCAUGCCCGCGUCGACAAGGUGGAUGAGGAGAGAUACGACGUGGAGGCAAAAGUUACCAAGAAUGUGACCGAGAUCGCAGAUCUAAACCAGAAGAUCUUUGACCUCCGGGGCAAGUUCAAGCGGCCCACCCUGCGGAGGGUGCGCAUCUCUGCAGAUGCCAUGAUGCAGGCCCUGCUGGGGACCAGGGCUAAGGAGACCUUAGACCUGCGGGCCCACCUCAAGCAGGUGAAGAAGGAGGACACAGAGAAGGAAAACCGGGAGGUGGGAGACUGGCGCAAGAACAUCGACGCGCUGAGUGGAAUGGAAGGCCGCAAGAAGAAGUUUGAGGGCUGAGCCAGCCUUCCCCGUGCCUUGAGGAAUAAAGUGUGUGUCUGA